CAUGUGCUUCAAAUACCUUUAAACGCGACGGCAGCCCGACGUCUGGAGUGAAUCUUCAGCGCGUGAGAAUCGACGUGGAAAACUGAAGGACGGGAACAACCAUGUUCAAGCUAGAGUCCUACAUCACCCCGAUUCUGCUAAGCUACGUGGCCAAGUAUGUGAAGAAUUUCCGUGACGAAGAUGCCCAGGUGUCACUGUGGGAGGGUGAGGUGACGUUUCAGAACCUCGACCUGCGCCUGGAGGUGCUGGAGGAGGAGCUCAAUCUACCCGUGGAGCUCGUUUCGGGGCACAUCCACGAGCUGAGCAUCCAGGUGCCAUGGACAAAGCUCAUGUCGGAGCCGGUGAAAAUUAUCAUAAACACAAUUGAGUUUGUGGCCAAGCUGCCGGACAAUGAGAGCAGGCAGCGUCGUGCCUCGUACCAAAAGGAGCAGCGCCGGAAGGCGAAAAAAGCCGCAGUGGAGGCUGAACAGCAGGGUGCUGCCCCCGCCAGUAGCUCAGUCGUGGUCAAAAAGAUAAUCAACAACAUCACCUUGCAGUGCCACAACAUCAUUCUGAAGUACGUCGAAGACGACAUUGUCGUGUCCAUGAAUGUCCAGUGCAUGAACUUUAGCCCCGCCGGCGAGAACUGGAAGCCCACAAUGGUGGACGUGCACCCUGUGUCGGUUUCCAUGCGCAAACUACUGCAGAUAUCCGAUCUUACCAUCUGCCUCGAUAAGCGGAACACGGCCGGAAGGAUUGAGGUGUGCCAGGAGCCGGUCCUCUAUCGCUGCACCCUGGAAUGUCGCGUCCUGCGCAAGUACAAUGCCACCACAGUCAGCACCUCGAGCACGACCAGAAUCGGGGUCUUCACCAAAGCGUUGGACAUUAACGUGUCCUCGCUGCAAUUCCCGAUGGUCAUGAGGUUGGUCAAAAUGCUGCUCGAACUCAAGCCUGCGGAGAUGGAGGAGGAAGCUCUCAACCCAGACGAUCCAGAGGAAACAGCGGAGGGCAACGAAGUUCCGGUGGGGGGUACACAGCCCGAGGGUCAGAGUUAUCUGUGGUGGGCCUGGAACCUUUUGCCCAGCUUCGAGUCGCAGGUCCCCGACCCCGACCCAGAGGAGACCAUUGGCCAUGCCUUCGAUAUAGGCAUAUAUGCUGAGGAGCUGAACUUUCAGCUGAAGAAUUCGGAGUUCUUCACCGAUCAGGCCAUGGGAGGGAUAAAGCGGAUCCGCUAUACACCCAUCCUGCGCAUCAGCUUGGGCGGCAUCUACUACGAGAGAUCGCAGUUGAAGGAGAACGACUGGACGAACGUCAAGGCGGGGCUCUCGAGCCUUUGCAUGGAGCCCUUGGGGGCAUACAGGAGCGAGGAUCCAGUCGAUCGGGUGUUGGUCAAUACCCAGGAGUCUUUAAAGGGGCGCACAUUCAUCGACAAGAGCCUGUUCGACGAGCACUUUAUGUUCUCGGAUCGCACCUGGUGCCGCCACAACUACGAGGACUACGUGGCCAGGAACACAGAUGAGUAUAUGCUCUUCCGCAGCCCCGUGCUGUCGUUCGAUAUUGUCGAGUACCGGGCCCCAAAGCCGAACAGCCAUCCCCUGGCCGAGAGCCAGCUGAAGGACCUGGGACUGCGCGUUCAGUAUCGUCUACUAUCCGCUGGGAUUACUUUCCACUUCUCACAGUCAUUUCUCCAGGUUAAGAAUGUAAUUAGCGAUUUAUUGCGUCCUUACGAUUACUCGGGAUAUCAUUCAGAGUCGGUCAGGGAGGAGCCCCAGCACGAGGAGCACUUUAACACAGACAUGACCUUGGCGGACUUGGAGUACCUCAUUGGAUUCGCUCCCACCUGCAACUACAAGAUCGAGCUGCGGAACAUGACCAUUCAGCUGUAUCCGCGCCAGCAGCCAGAAGAGUCCUCGGCAGCCAAUCAGCAUCAGCUGUCGACCACGGUCAAGCAAUCCCUGCUGCCAUAUCUCCAGCUAAGACUACCCCUAGUCGAGGGCACGCUGUGCAAGCCAGUGAACGCACACCGUCUGGUCCAGUUGAUCACCCAGCUGCAGGACAAGCCGCGAGAGCUCCUCAAUUCGUGCUACAAUUGCUACAGAUUCAGUGUGAAGAAUAUCACGCUGAUGAUCCUGAAUACCACGCCCGAGAACGGCCGCGCCAAGCUGCUGAACAUUCCCCGGAUGCAGUUGAACGUUAAUCGCCUCCUGCUCCCCCAUCUCUGGCGACCAAACGAUGCUGCGCUGGAAACGGCGGAGAUUCAGUCGGAGAUCCUGACUAUAGAGUUCUCGAAGCGCGAGCUGAUCCUCGCCAAGCGCAUCAUUCCGCUGAUAGCGAGCUUCAACGGCACAGAGCUCUGUGCUGUGUCCCAUUUUGUGGCGCAAUCCACUGCCAGUUCGGAUGUGAUCAAGCUGCAAACGCUGGCCACAAAACUGCGACUGAAUUUCCACAAGUAUCACACGCAUCUAUCGGCAAAUGCGUCGCUGCGAAGCCUCAACACAGAUGCCUACCACACGAAGAUGAACAUGCGCAACGUGGUGCUGUCCACCACCAAGAACCUGAACAACAAGUGGCUAGAGGUGCAGCUGCAGCUGCCACUGCCACUGCAGGAGACAGCCUUGCAGCAACAGGAGCAGAUGCCCGGGACGGUUAUGUGUCUGUGGGUGGAGCAUUGUCGCUUUACCAUAGAUAUAUAUCUCCUGCAGUUUCUCAAGUUCCCAGAGCACACAACGAAAAGGAAAUCAACGGAAAAUGAGAUCGAAAUGGAUGUGGAUGCUGCCGCAAGCCAGUCCGAGCAUCAUUUUCCUCAAUCGGUGUCAAACUAUUCCACGAUAUCUGCCACAGCGUUGCCCCUUCAACCGCGUCGAAUCAGCCGCAACAAUAGCCGCAAGAUCUCCGUCCCUGAGGAGACAGUGCAUCUCAGCUCCGAGCGGGAUGAGAGGCACACACAGAUGGAACCAGUAACCGGUUUAUUGAUGGACAGCAAGCCGCGGAAGAAUGCUCUAGAUCUUGGUCAGCUGGCGAAGCGUCUCGGCUCCAUGGUAGUGCUCGCAGAGAUUGCCCAGAUCCGGGUAGACGUGUGCGAGCUCAUGGUGCGCAGGAGGCCCGCAGAGUCGGAUGUGGAAUACACGUCCAUACGGCUGCCCCGCAUGAAAAUCAAGUCCAGCAACUGCGAUUUCGUUUCCCGUGGGAAUAUCAGGAGUGUCAUUUUGGUGGAUGCCGAAGCAGAUCUGGUCAACUGGGUCACGGAUCUGAACGACUUGAAUGUCUGCUACUGCAGGGGAGACAUAUCAGAAGAGGUUUUGGCACCAGUCAGGACUACCAUCACUCUGGCCAUGUCCUAUAAGCCAAUCGAGGAGAAGCUUCCGGGAUCCCUUCAUUCGAAGAAGACGGCCGCGGUGGAUCAGAAGCAGGACCAGACCUCCGAUAAACCUGUAGAACAGCGAGGCUUUGGUACUUACUCAAUAAAUGUGCACGUGGACAUGUCGCCCAUUAAUGUUUUUGCUCGAAGGGUGAAACUUCUACACGAGCAUUUUCAAAUCGUUUCCGAGAUUCACAGAUCUCUCAGUCCUGAAGAGGAUGGCAAUGUCAAAUGGAGCUCGGGUCCCCGACUGGAGGUUUAUACGGGCAGCUCCCAAACCUAUCCCGUGAUAAAGGAGUUUCUGGAAUUGGAUCCCAACUUUGAGCCCCCUCAAGCGAAAAAUGUUCCCAAUUUAGAUGUCUCGCUGAUAUUCUUCUGCCAGUGGACCAUACCACGGAUCAGCUUCGAAAUGGAGAGCCCCACCGAUCGCAAACAGAACAAGGUUGUCGUGACUUUCGAAGAUCUACUACUGAACGUGGACAAGCAUUCGGACUUUACGAAGGUCACCACCAAAGUGGAGAACCUGGGACUCAACUACUACGAGGCCAAGCCGCACGGGGAGUGGCUCCAGAAGGAUGGCUUCUACGUCAAAAUGCUGGGCGACAGCGGCAAUUUGCCGCUGAUUAGUGUGGUGGUUACCACCGUCAGCCUGCAGGAUCUGUACUCGAAGAUUGGAGCCAGAAAUCCCCGCAAUAGGCAGCACACAAUCUCUGAGCUGCUGAUCGAACUGCAGCCCAUUGAAAUGGUCCUCGACCUGGAUCAAAUCACAGACUUUGUGAUUCCCCUGUGCGGAGUGAUAGAAAUAAUGAGGGGCAAUCAUCAGGCACCAGCUAUUGAGAGCCGCUUAACCACCGUUCAGGACUUGCCCAUGGUGCAUCUGAACAGCAAAGGAAUCUAUAUCUACCUGCCAUUGGCCACGGGCAGAAAGUGCUGCAGUGUCUUGUUGCUAAGGAUUGAGACUGUGCAGCUAACGCCUAGCCUGGAGAAUCCUUUAGUGCGGCAACUGGUUCGCCAGGACAUCUACCAGAAGGCCGCCGAACUGAACAUGCUGAGCACCCCCGGAGCCCUGGUCGAGGAUCGUCAGUACGAGCUGAGCGUCAGAAAUGUAUCCCUGUCCACUGGGAACUGGCUGCAGACCCAAAAGUAUCACAUGGAAAAGAGUCUGGCCAGUGAGCACAACAAUCCGGCCUUCGAGUGGAACAACCAGACACGUCCCACUGAGCUGGACCACAUGGAUAUAUUCAGGGACUUCGACUUCAUCAUGGUCUAUGCCCCGGCCAUUAUCUACGAUCGGUUUUUCGUCUGCGGCCAGAGUGUGGAGUACAACUGUGUGACGGACUUUGUGGCCACUCUGACCACACACCAAAUCAAUCUGAUAUCCUGCAUCCUAGUGCGCUUCCAGCGUUUGUACAGUGUCCUCGAUCAGAUGUAUGCCAAAGAGUCGCCUUCGCUGACGGAGCUGUCAUCACAGUCAACGCACAGCAUCACGUGCACCCCCGUGGACAUUUCGGCCAAGAGCAGUCGGCUAAGACACUCUGGCCAUUCGGGCCGGUCCAGCGCCAAGCGAAGUCGUUCCAGUUUCGUGGAUGCCAGGAGCAGCAGCGAAGUCUUUGUGGGCUCCUGCCAAAGUGAUUCCGGAAUACACGUGGGAGGGGGUCGUGUAAAGGGAACUCAGAAAUCGCAGGAGGAGCUGCAACCGAGUGGCGUACGCUACCCGCAAAGUGUCUCCUUUGUGGCUGGGAUAUUUGUGCUAAAGAUCUACGAAGUCCUGGAGCUGGAGGAACUGGAGCAGCCAGUGAUGAAGCCGCUCAUUCUGUUGACAGUCUCGCAGCCCAGCUAUAUGUGCACCCAAAGUCUGAAGGCAACCAUCACGCAGGCAUCCAUUUUCAAUCUAAACGUAACUGUGGCCACUCCUGGUACGGACCCUUCGGUGGACCCCUUCAAUGAGUCUGUGUUUGACACCCUGCCAGGUACUCUCAGCAGUUCGGGGAUUCCCCCACCGCUGCUCACUGUGCGGUCCCAGUGCGAUCGCAUCCAUCAAACCGAAGUGGAUGUGGAGGUGCGCAAGCCCAUAGUGCUGCGCCUGUGCGAGACGAGCAUCCAGCAACUGGUCAACAAUGUCAUCCGCAUUUACAACGUGCUCCUCGAGACUCCCUGCUUCGCGGUGCGCAGCGAGCGGCCUGUGGUCCAGGGCACACAGUUGCGGCAGAUGAAGAACCACUGCUACAAUGCGGACCGAUUGAAUCUGUCCUUUGAUCAGGUCACCAUCACGCUCUGCGACGAGGAACGGUCCUACAAAUGCAGCUCCGUUUGGCUGGACUUUAGCACCAGCAUCAAGUUCAAUCCGCGUCCCCAGAAGGCCGUCAUUAGAUCGACGAUGGGCUCCUUCUACAUCCAGGCUGGCGAGAAGAUCUUCCUGCAUCCCCUGUUGAUGCGUUUGUCCGUGGAUCUGGUCAGCGAGCCAUGGUGUGACGAUCUCUUGAUCAACGCCACUCUCAAGCUACACUUUCUGCACGUCGAUGCGAGUGUUUGGAGUAUUCUGCAACUGCAAAAGGCACAUGAAGGUCUCGGCCGGAUCCUUGAGUAUGCCCAUCAGGAGUGGCAGGGCUUUCUGGAACAUCGUCCGGCAAUGGGCACUCCAGCAGAGAUUGCACCCGGAGCGCUGAUCAAGUGCAAUCCAUCGAUCGACUCGAUCGGGCGCUGCAAACGCUCGCUGAAAACUAAAGCAGAAUUCUAUCAGGACGACCUCAGGGCGGGCGCCUUCCAAUUUGUCUACUUGAACUCCGAGUCCGUGCUGCCUAUGCCCUACCAGGUGCAGAUCAUCAAGAAGAACUACGGGAUUAUCUGCUGGCGCUAUCCACAGCCACGCCAGAUGACCAGCAUCCACAUCUAUCCGAUUCCCAUGCCAGUCUCAAACCCCAUACACAUCAAGUGCAGCAUGGAGUACUUCAGUGAAACGCACGAGACUUUUCUGCACUACUGCGACUUCCAGCUGUCGGAGACGGCCACCAAGCAGCUAUCCCCACAAGAUCGUCAGAUCUGUGCGAACAUCUGGAGAGUGGUCAUUCUGCAGUCGCUGAUUUCUGUCGAUGGCACCUGCUUUGAAGGAGAUGAGGAUGAAGAUUUCCAUUCUAUCGACAGCAGUCGCAUUGAGCAGGCCUUUAAGACCGAUGCAGACAACGAUUUCAUAUUGCAUCCAAAGGUUCUUGUGGGCUGCAUGCGCAUCGAUACCAUCUUCAGGGCAGAGACAGUGCCCAGGCUGCAGCUGCUGCUCUGUUGCCAGGACAUGGAAGUAAACCUUCUGAAUCAGCCGGAUGGCAAGGGGGAACUGCCUUCGCUUUUGAAAGAAUACUCCCCCAAGCGGUCAAUAGACUCCCCACAGACCUUUCUCACAGUGCACGUGGGAGAUCUGCAGGUACACUCGGCUGUCUAUGCCAGGAAUGACUUCAGUCUGGAGACGGACUUCCGCGCGCGCGUGAAGUGCUUGGACUAUGGCUUCCUCAACAUGCUGGACAUCGUGGAGCCUAUGAAAUUCUCCAGCUACGCGAUGUUCACCCACUCUCCGCGCUCGCUGAAAGCGAACUUUCUGCUGGACAAGCUCCGCUUCAACUGCGGUCCCUACAUGAUCCACACUCUGCUCAGCUCCAAGCAUCACUGGCUGGAAGUGCUGCGCCAGAGCGAGAUCCGUCACACUUUAAUGCCCAAGUGCGUGGUGGUCAACCGCAUGCAGGCGGGCCUAAGCUUCGGGCAGACGGGCACGAACGAGCAAAUAUCCCUGGCACCCCAUGAGCUGCAGCUCUACCAGUUCCGCAGCUUUUCGCAAGGGCAAGAGCUCACGUUCUUCAUUCGGAAUCCAGAGACCAAGCAGAUGGAGGCCAGCAGCUCGGUGCCCAUAGCCCUGAAAUUCGAGGAGGAGCAGAGAGUGCGUCAUCUGCGGGUGGGAAAGUGUUGCAUCACAAUCAAGGUGGGAAAACUGUCCGCCACGCAGAUCUAUAUACUGGUGAAGGGCCAGAUUGAGCUGAUCAGCAUGGUGCCCUUUGAAUUGAUCACCGAAUUCCGCCAAGAGGGAAAACGCUACGACGAGAAUACGAGACCACACGAGCACCUGCUUUUGGCCAGGGGAAGGGCAUCCUUCUAUCAUACGGUGGUGCGUAAUGGAGACAUUAACUUGCGUCUUAAGUUAGCGGCUGGUCUCGGCAAAGGACGCACUGGAGAUAUUCCUUUAAAAACUAACAAUAAUCUGCCUUGGCUGGUCAAGGUGCCCAUGCAAAACCCCGUCCAGCAGUUUGUCAGCGUGUGGGUGCGCAUCCUGCGCGAGGAUGUGGUUUUGGACUCAGCCGAACCGGACUUUCAUCCGCAAAAGAUAUUGAUUUGCAUUUGGCCCAUCUUCGAGAUAUGCAACAUGCUGAUCGACGAUCUUCAGGCCACAGAAAGUACGAGUGGGCAGAGCUCCAAGAUCACAGCCCAUGGCGGAAGGAUGUCUCUGCAGACGGCUACCACGCACAGCACAGAGCAUCGCGUUGGCUUUCAGUUUCCGGCUCCCUUGUGCAGCACCUCCCAGGAGGAUUAUACACUCAUGCUCAAGACCAUGGACUGGCACAAGUUCUUUUACUUCGAUCCCGCUCAGUGGACGAUUGAGAACUCGCUGCACAAGCUGGGGAAGACGGUGAAGCCCAAGUGGCCGCUGAGCGACGAUGAGGAAUCGCGCGUGCUUCGCCGUGUGUCACUGACCAACGCAUUCGAUGUGGAAUACCGCUUAAAGGCCACGCGGGACUUUUCCUGCACUUUGGGAUUGGAGGUUUCUGCCUGGGGAACGCUCAUCAAUGCCACCGGUCUGGACCUGAGCAUCUGCCAGACCAGGGACCGCGAGCGCCAUCAACUGAACGCCAACUGUCUGGAAAUGGUGCCCAAAUUGUGCGGUCUGUUCACAAUUGAUGUGCCUUUUGGCUGCAAUUGGAUCGCCUCGACGCCCAUUUACCUGGAGGAACAGACCAAGACAGUGGAGAACAGCCCCAAGCGGAGCAUGAUGCUCCGCUGUAAUUCCUUUGUGGACAUCGUGGUGGUGCGAAACGAGGAGGUGCUGCGAAUGAUGCUGGAGUAUAGGCUGGAGGAUGGGCGCCGUGUAUUUAAGCUGCGCUCCAAAUUCGUAAUCACCAAUUUCACAGAUGUCUCUCUGAAUGCCCUGCCCUUGACCAUGGAUCACAAGGAGACCUCCACAAGGGAGGAAGUGAAUGCGUUCAGCAUGGCCAACAAGAGUCGCAGUCUCGUAUCUGUGGAUGGGGCAAAGAAUUGCGUUGGAGUGACGAUGGACGUUUUCUACGAUCUUAAUGCCCAUGCGGCUAAUCAUACCUGUGAUACGGCUUUCGUCUACUUUCUGUGCUUCAGUGUGGCUGGUAGUCGCGACAUAUCUAUACCCAUUCCCCUGGCCAUACCCUUCACGAGACGCUGCUUCAGCCUGCAGUCUGGACGGGAAUCGGUGCCAUUCAUGAUCACUCUCAUUGAGAAGGACAAUGUCCAUUAUCUGAAUAUAUUCCGCGAUACGGCCCCGGCACUGAUCAUCAGCAACAGCACGAAUGUGAAGUUCAUUGUGGCCCAGACGAGUGCCUCCGGCAACAGCAAUGUGACUUGCACAAACUCCGAGUUCGUUGGGAGGCAUUUUGAAUGGAAUCAGUUGGUCUCGCCGAACAGUAAAUGUUACUACACCCCGCCGCAGAUGUACGCCAACUUUCCCGAUGUGGAGUUUACCAUGUGUAAUCUGUCGUUAGCUGUAUAUAAUGAAAAGUCCUGUGGCAAGAAGAAACUCGGCUGGUCAAAGCCCAUAAGGACCGACAAGUCGUGGAAGAAGUUCUUGCAUGUGCCGAAUCAUGGCGAAGUGAAGGUGGUCGUCUGUGAUAAGCAUCGCGUCAUACGCGUCAACAUCUACUACAUAACCCAGCAGCUGGAGUUUUCUGUGAAGGAUCUACGCUCACGGUUGACAAAACCAGAGAAUCGUUUGCUGCCCUCAGAGCAGGAUUCGGAAAGACAGUUGGACGAGAUCGAGACUGUUACUGCUACGGCGUCAGCUACGGCUACUGAUGCCAGCGAUCCAUUGCCGGACAUUGUGGGCUGUGCCCAUUUUAGCGAGGAAUGCGAGUCCCCGCCACAGAUCAAGAUACGAAUAUUCGUGAAGCGCUUUGUGUUCAGCCUCCAGACGGACAGUCGGGAGAAGGACUACUUAAAGACGGAGGUGUGUAAUGUCUAUGCAGACGACUCCAUGCUGGCCUACGACGACGACGAAGAUCAGCGAGUGCUGCGCUUGCAGUGGCCGAAUCUGCAGGUGGAUAAUCAGUUGUACUCCAGCGGGAAAUACGAUUUCCCUGUUCUGCUCUGUGCUGAGCAAUUGUACGAGCGUCACAAUGGCCUGCCGCCGGUAUACGACCUGGAUGAUAUGUACAAGCAGCAGGCCCAGAGUGGCCCAGUCUCCCUGCUUACGUUUUACUUGUACCAGGACGAAUGGCAGCUGCAGUCUGUGCGGUGUCAUGUACAGCCGUUUCGUGUCUACAUUGAGGAUGCCUAUCUGAAUCAGUUGCUGGAGACACUGGUGGAAUGUGAGCCAUCCCAUUGUGUGCACACGCCCCGCGAGGAGCAAGACAGGAGCUUGCUGCCCGAUGGGCAAAUCCUCUUGCCCGACCACGUCGUAGCGCAGUCAUUGUAUAUAGCCGAGCCGUUUCGCCUGAACAGCUUCACCGUGGAGCCCCUCAGCCUGCUCCUUUCUGUCCACACAUCCUCCAGACUUUACAUAGCCCUGGACCACUCUCCACUCUCCUUCUCCCGCUACGAGCGCCAGCAGAUCCUUACAGUUCCCCUACGCUUCGGACAGUCCUUGGGGCUGCACUAUCUCAGUGGAGCUAUUUUCGGAGCCGGCUGGGUGGUGGGUUCCCUCGAGAUUCUGGGAAGCCCCAGCGGGCUAGCUCGCUCCUUCAGCACCGGUCUCCGAGACUUCAUCUCGAUGCCUGUGCAGGGGCUGUUUCGAGGGCCCUGGGGCUUUAUGGUGGGCGUGACACAGGGUUCUGCCUCUCUGCUGCGUAACGUAACGGCGGGCACGGUCAAUUCGGUUACUAAGCUGGCCGGUUCAGUGGCACGGAAUCUGGACAGGCUCACUCUGGACGCAGAACACAUCGAACUGACGGAAGCCCGACGACGAGCCCGACCCCAGGGCUUUGCCGAUGGCCUCACGCAAGGCCUGACUGGCCUGGGCAUCAGUCUGCUGGGCGCCGUGGGAGGACUUGCACAUCACACCCUCGAAGCCCGGAGCUCUGUGGGUGUCAUUGCGGGUCUUACCAAGGGCAUUGUGGGAGCCUUCACGAAACCCAUCAGUGGAGCUGCCGAAAUGCUGGCCCUCACUGGGCAAGGCGUUCUCCACACGGUGGGCUUCAACGCCAUGCCGCAACAGGUGGAGCCCAGCGUUUCUCGGAACAUGGCACUGCACCCCGGCUCGUAUCGCAUCUGGAGCAAUCUUCCAGAAGAGCUGCGCCGCGCUCAGAUAUUGUUCUUCUGCGAGAUCACGCUGCUCGCCAGGGAUCAGCUGCGCCCGGCUCUGCUCUUCCUGACCACUUCGGUGCUGGCAAUCAUGGAGUCGGACAACGAUAAUCUGACCUUUGCCUCUGCAGUGAGCAAGGUGGCUGUUGCAGAGGAUCGCGACGAUCCCACAAAGUUUUACUUGAGCCUCAAGCCAGAGCAGAUGGAGGACUUUGAAGGGCAAAUAAACUACACCAAUGAGCGGAUCAUGAAGUUCUUGAAUACCUCUCGACUGCACACGAUAGCCAACGACUCGCUGAGCGAUAUUUUCCAGCUAAAUGAACACGAGAUGGACUACCACUUGAAACGCCAAACGCAGUGUAUAUUCUACAUCCAACCCAACUACGGCAGGCAUCUGAUCCACUACUUGAAGGUAGUCGGUCGGAUGCAGGCCUCACAGUAGCCAAGUAUAUUUAGGAGGGAGGAAGUCUCGUGACUAACUCCAGUUAUGUUUUAAUUGAUGUGUACGAUAUUUUAUGCCAAAAACAAAAGACAAUUUUUGUUACCUUUUUGAAAUAAAAAUAGGAAAACCAAGCAGUGUAAU